CGUCCACGAAACCCUCACAUCGCGACGUACGAUUUUUUAUACGAACGAAUAUCCCGAUUGGUUUUUUACAUAACCUCAUAAUACGAAGUGAAGAUGGAAUAAAAAAAUAGCGAUUUGACGGUGGUGCUUAUUAAAAAAAAAAUUGUCGCCAGUUUCGCUCUAUGGCAUCGCAAGAAAAUUCGGCGUAGUUUCUACGAUUUUUGCAAUAGCAGAAACGGAAUAAAUAAAUUACACAGCACGUUAAGAAAUGGCGACUAAUUUGAGAAGAUUGGCAGUUGGUGGUUUGGCUGGUACCAUUAGUGCCGGUAUUGCCACUUAUUUACUAUUGAAGGAAAACCGUCAAAAUUGUUUCGCAGUAAAUGCGCAGCAGGAUUUAACUCGUCGGCCAAGACGAGUUUUGCCGAACAGAGAUGAACAAAUCAAAUCCCUCGAAACCGAGGAAUUCGACGUUGUCGUAGUGGGCGGGGGUGCGACGGGUGCCGGAUGCGCACUCGAUGCCUGUACGCGCGGUUUGAAAACCGCUUUGAUAGAAGCUGAUGAUUUCGCCAGCGGAACUUCCAGCAGAAGUACCAAAUUGAUCCACGGCGGUGUAAGGUACCUUCAGAAAGCCAUAAUGCAACUCGAUUACGAACAGUACAGGAUGGUGAAAGAGGCGCUGCAUGAAAGAGCAGCCAUGCUGCACCAGGCUCCACAUCUCGCCCACCCUUUACCUAUUAUGUUACCCGUGUAUCAAUGGUGGCAGGUUCCUUAUUACUGGUUUGGAAUUAAAAUGUAUGACGUUGUGGCGGGUUCAAAGACCCUCAAAAGUUCGUACUUUUUGUCAAAAAAGAACGCGUUGGAGUUGUUUCCCAUGUUGCGAGGGGAUAAACUCGUAGGAGGCAUCGUGUAUUACGAUGGUCAGCAAGAUGACGCCAGAAUGAACUUAGCUAUAGCACUAACCGCGGCCAGGUUGGGCGCUACUGUAGUUAAUCACGUCAAAGUCGUUAACUUAAUAAAAGAGAAAAAAGACGGCGCAGAAAUAAUAUCUGGGGUGAAGGUGUACGACGAAAUGAGCGGCAAAACGUGGUCGGUACCAGCAAGAUGCGUCAUUAAUGCCACCGGGCCUUUUACGGACUCCAUUAGAAAAAUGGACAAACCCGAAAUUAAGAGCAUCUGCUCUCCCAGUAGCGGCGUUCAUAUCACCUUGCCCGGCUACUACAGCCCGGAGCAAAUGGGUCUGCUGGACCCGUCUACUAGCGAUGGGCGAGUGAUAUUCUUCUUGCCGUGGCAGAAGCACACGAUAGCCGGAACUACAGAUUUACCUUGCGAAGUUACCCACAAUCCAAGGCCAACGGAAGACGAGAUAUUAUUUAUUUUGGAGGAAGUUAAAAAUUAUCUCAAUCCAGACGUUGAAGUUCGUAGGGGCGAUGUUUUGUCGGCAUGGAGCGGUAUUCGACCUUUAGUAUCAGAUCCGAACAAACCAGAUACGCAAUCCCUAGCUAGAAACCACAUCGUGCACGUUAGCGAAUCAAAGUUAGUCACCAUUGCCGGCGGCAAGUGGACCACGUAUAGAUCGAUGGCCGAAGAAACUAUCGAUGCCGCUAUAAAAAGUUGUAAUUUAGAAAACAGGUGUUCACACGUGACAAGUCAGACGGACGGCCUGCUGUUAGAGGGAGCACACGAAUGGACUCCCACCAUGUACAUUCGCUUGGUGCAGGAUUUCGGUCUCGAGUGCGAAGUGGCGCAACAUCUAGCGAAGUCCUACGGCGACAGGGCCUUUGCCGUUGCCAAAAUGGCGAACCUAACGGGGAAACGGUGGCCAAUCAUCGGGAAAAAGAUUCAUCCCGAAUUUCCCUAUAUCGACGCGGAAGUCAGAUACGGCGUUAGAGAAUACGCGAUGACCGCGAUAGACAUGAUCGCGAGGAGGGUGAGGUUGGCGUUCUUGAACGUUCAAGCCGCGCAGGAAGCUUUACCGGAUAUAGUGAAUAUUAUGGGGGAGGAGUUAGGGUGGUCCGAAGCCGAAAAAGAGAAGCAGACCAAAUUGGCAUCCGAAUUUUUGCAAAACGAGAUGGGUCAAAACGUGAAUCGCGCCAGUCGGGACAAAAUUCCAAUUAAUUUAAGCAAAGAAGAAAUCCAGCUUUACAUUAAGAGGUUCCAAAUCAUCGACAAGGACAGAAAGGGCUACGUGUCGAUUAACGAUAUCAGAAGGAGCUUGAAACAUCACGGAGAAAAAGAGGUGUCGGGAGAGGAGUUGCACGGCAUAUUGAAAGAAAUCGACACAAACAUGAACGGACAAGUAGAGCUCGAUGAAUAUCUACAGAUGAUGUCCGCUAUCAAAUCGGGUCACGUGACGUACUCGAGGUUCGCCAGAAUGGCGGAACUGGAGGAGCAAAAGCACGAGAAGGAGAUGUUGAAGAAGAAGAUAUCGGUGGAAAGAAGCGGAGGUGGUCUCUAAAAUCUUCGAUAUUGCGAGUUCUUGUAGAUGUGUUUUACUAUUGCCCAAUUCCUCGUCUUUCAAUCGUUGUGACGACUACUAAGAAAAUGUGUUCAACAUCGAUCGAAUUAAUAAGUGUAGUAUACUUCAUGUAAUUAUUUAUUUAAUUUAUUUAAAAUCAUUAAUUUAAUUUACUUCAAGAUCGUUGAGUUGAAAAUUCAUUGCUGUUAUGUAAAUAUUAAGC